UUUUGCGGUGCGAGCUUUAGGGUUUAAUCACUCGCGCAUUUCUUGGCUCUUCUCUCUUGGCAGCGCCGCGGCCGCGAUGUUGGAGCUCCGCCUCGUCCAGGGAAGUCUUCUCAAGAAGGUACUCGAGGCCAUCAAGGAUCUCGUGAAUGAGGCGAACUUCGAUUGCUCUUCCACUGGAUUUUCCCUGCAAGCCAUGGAUUCCAGCCAUGUCGCGCUCGUGGCGCUGAUGCUCCGGUCCGAGGGUUUCGAGCACUAUCGCUGUGAUCGCACGAUUUCCAUUGGGAUGAAUCUGACCAAUAUGGCCAAGAUGCUCAAGUGCGCUGGAAACGACGAUAUCAUCACCAUCAAGGCCGACGAUGGCAGCGACACCGUGACCUUUAUGUUUGAGAGCCCCUCUCAAGAUAAAAUCUCUGACUUUGAGAUGAAGCUCAUGGAGAUCGAUAGCGAGCACCUGGGAAUUCCAGACACAGAGUACCAAUCGAGCAUCAAGAUGCCAUCCCAGGAAUUCUUGCGCAUCUGCAAGGAUCUUAGCAGCAUUGGCGACACAGUGAUGAUCUCUGUCACCAAGGACGGCGUCAAGUUCACAACUUCCGGGGACAUUGGCACCGCCAACAUCGUGUGCCGCCAAAACACAUCGGUGGACGAGCCCGAGAACGCCACGGAAAUCAAAAUGCAAGAACCCGUCUCGCUCACGUUUGCGCUGCGCUAUUUAAACUCGUUCACCAAGGCAACGCCACUGGCCAACAUCGUGACACUGAGCAUGUCUGCCGAUCUUCCCAUCGUGGUGGAGUAUAAGAUUGGAGAUAUGGGAUACGUAAGGUACUAUUUGGCUCCCAAGAUCGAGGAGGACGACGCAGCAGCAGCCUAGAAGGUUCCUUCGAGCUUAUUGAGAAUCACUCAAGUUUUUCAAAGUUUGCGAUCUCUAUUAGAGCUUUAUGGAAGAACUGUUGGAAGUUUAAGAUCGUCUACAAAGUUUUAGUGUAAGAAUCUAAAGUGUUAAAGAUUGCAAAAACCAUUCAUAUCUAUUUCAUU